AUGAGUGUUCUAAGCAUUGCUUCCCUAAUUCUCAUGCUUUUUGUGGUGGCUGACGCUAGAAUCCUCGGGGUUUACACCGGUGGGCAGUGGGAGAGCGACCACGCUACAUUCUAUGGUGGAGACGACGCUUCUGGAACUAUAGGUGCUCACUCUGUUAAAAUAAUCGUAAAAAACAACUGUGCGUAUACUAUCUGGCCAGCAGACGUAACAUCAGCUGCACAAUCUCACUUAUCAAACACUGGAUUUAAGCUAGCAUCUAAAGCAUCCACAUCACUUGAUGUCCCAGCUCCAUGGAACGGCCAGUUUUGGGCCCGAACCAGAUGCUACACAGAUGGCUCGGGAAAGUUCACUUGCGCUACUGCAGAUUGUGGCUCCGGUCAGGUUGCAUGCAAUGGCAACGGUGGAGCCCCACCAGUGUCUUUGGCAGAAUUCAACUUAGCAGCGAGUGGCGGACAAGAUUUCUAUGAUAUCAGCCUUGAAGAUGGCUUCAACUUGCCUCUAUCAAUAACUCCACAGGGCGGUUCCACUUCAUGCAUUGCACCCAGCUGUGCUGCCGAUGUGAACAAGGCUUGCCCGGCAAAGCUAAGAGUGAUAGGGUCUGAUGGGAGUGUGAUUGGUUGCAAUAGUACAUGCAUAGAGUUCAAUCAGCCACAAAAUUGUUGCACCUCAACCACAUGCCCACCCACGAUCUACUCUAUGUUGUUCAAGAAACAGUGUCCGCAGGCCUAUAGUUAUGCUUAUGAUGAUCUUACUAGCCUCUUUUCGUGCUCAGGCAGACCUAACUACAUUGUCACAUUCUGUCCAUGAAUAAUAGAGAAAAAAAAAAUGUGAAAGGAUUUUUUGUUUUUUGAGCAGAAAUGUAAAAGGGAUUUUGCAUGAGAUUAUGCAAUAAGAUUUCGCAUGAAGAUUUUAUA